AUUUAUUACUGAUUGACCAUGCCUCAAGUUCGUCCUACUCAUAUUGAUCUUGCUUCAAUCCUCUCAGAGCCUAACCCCUCUGUCGAUCUGCGCCUGCACGCAUACGAAGCUUCCACGUCUAAUUUUCUCAGAGCGGUCACCAACUAUGCAAAUCGCGCAGUAGCAGAGAUCACCAAACACAGGAAUGCUCAGGAGGCGGACAAGAAACGUUUGGCUGAGAAGACUGUUGCAGUCAAGGCUGAAACUAAUCAGUGCAAGGUGAAGGAGAUUGAGCUGCUGGCUGUAAUGGAAAGGGAAAAGGAGGAACUCCGAGAAGCCGAGACAUCAAUUACUGCUCUGAAACGCCAACUCGCAUCCAUCCGCGAAACUUGUCAGUCUGUGGAUGCAGAGAUAGAGCAGUAUCGUGCUCUAACUGCCAAUUUAAAGCGAGAAAAAGAUCGAGAGCGACAGACGUUAGAGAUGCAUGCAGCACAAACAGGGCCUGAAUUAAAUGCUUGCGAAACCCGUCUACGUUGUCACAUCGAGGGAAUAGAAAAGGACCGGCUCCUCAUCCGAUUUACACACAUUGACAAGACUGACAUUGACCGUGAGUUCAGCUUCGUGCUUGAUGUUGCAUCCAGAUCAAAUCAAGUGAUAACGACCACACCGCCACUGCCUAAUCUCCCCAUAUUGCUCAAUGAACUAAACGAAACGAGAGAUAUUUUUCGUUUUAUCAAGUUGAUGCGCUCGGCGUUUGCUCAGUUAGUAGAGCAGCAUUAGGAAUUUUAUCAGAUCUUAUAAAACAUAUCCCACAACUUUUGCGAUAAUCUCCAAGAAAAUAUGUACAUACCACCUUGCAAGCUUUCAAUUACUCGUCUCCAUUCUCCCCAACCCGUCCGGUCUCUAUGACCCCCAGAGCUUCCCAGCUUUCCCUUGGUCCGGCUCUUGCGGCCACCCAGUUCCUUGUACAUUUCUCUCAUUUCCAACUUGCC